GGAGUAGCCAUUUAUGUCAUGAAUACGGAAGGAGCGAUGACAUGGUGCAUUGGUCGAAUGAUCUGCAAUGUUAUAGAUUCAUGGGUUGAAAUAUCAUUCUAUUGAUUAAGCAAUCAUUUCCUCUAAAGCAUGGCUGCUUCAUAUUUUCGGAGGAACGUAUGUCAAAGGAAACCUAGUUUGUUAAAUCUCUUGAGUGACAGAGUGUUAAGUUGCGAGGCCCAAAUUGGGAAGGAUUUUGUACAACAACGCAUUUCAUCGACCAAAACACUAUUUUCUCGUGAUCUGAAGUCUCAUUUUGGCUGCAUUAAUGCUAUAGAGUUUUCAAAUGAUGGGGAAGAAUAUAUUAUUUCAGGUGGUGAUGACCGUCGUGUUUUGCUUUGGAAUGUGUAUAAGGCAAUUCAUGAUAUUGGCCAACCAAUCAGUAUGAAAGGUGAACACAACAGUAAUAUUUUCUGUCUUGCCUUCAACAACUGCAACAAGAAGAUUUUUUCUGGUGGCAAUGAUGAGCAAGUUGUUGUUCAUGAUGUACUGACUGGUGCCACCCUUGAUGUGUUCCGCCAUGAAGAUGCUGUGUAUGGCUUGUCGGCCGAUCCGAACAAUGACAGUGUUUUUGCCAGUGCUUGUGACGAUGGUCGUGUUUUGAUAUUUGACAUCAGAGAACCCCCAGACAGUGAUCCAUUUUGCCUGGCAAACUACACUUCAUCCAUGCAUGCUGUGACGUAUAACCCCAUGGAGCCACGGUUGCUGGCUAUUGCCAAUGCAUGGGAGGGAGUAGGAUUGUGGGAUAUCCGAAAACCUAAAACCUGUCUGUUGCGGUAUGGUGGCAGCUAUGUAAAAGACAGCUGUAUGAGUGUUCGAAUCAGUAAACUUGGCACUCACAUCAUUGCUCUUCACCGACGCCAGCCUCCGGUCUUGUACAACAUCCACAGUGCAAAGGCAGCUUGUGAGUUCGACCACAAUGGAUACUACAACUCAUGUACCAUGAAAAGUUGUUCUUUUGCUGGAGACCGUGACCAGUAUAUCUUAUCUGGGUCUGAUGAUUUCAAUCUUUACAUGUGGAAGAUUCCAGAGGAGUUGGAAGAAACUACGACUGUGAACGAGGCUCAUGCAGUUCUGAAGGGUCACCGGUCUAUAGUGAACCAAGUGCGCUACAGCAGUGCUGACAGUCUUAUUAUCUCCUCUGGUGUUGAAAAAGUUAUCAAGUUGUGGAGUCCAUUCGUCCUUCCAGCAUGUAGUAGCAACUCACAAAGUGACAGACCUGUUUAUACACCCGAAGAAUACAUCAACUUGGUGUUGAGAAGUGGACACAUCAUGUCACACGACUACACCCACCAGUCGACGGAAGAAGACCCGAGAAUGAUGGCGUUCUUUGACAGUCUCGUACAAGGAGAAGUGGUCUAUGGAAGCACGGAGGAGGAACUUUCCAGUGAUGAAGAAGAAAUGUUUGAGCUGAUGAUGCAAGCGAGGUACGCGAGCCGUAGACCAGCUGCAAAUGCUGAGCCAGCUGCUAAUGAAAGUGUUCCCAGUGAAGACGUUCCGAAUGAAAGUGUUGUUAAUAAUGAGAGUAUUCCACAGAACCCAGAGUCUAGUGCAAACCAUGUGAAUCUGCUGGAGGAGGACAGCAUGCCAAGUUCUACAUCCUCUGACGAGGAGGUGGAGCGUGAAUUCAGUCCUUUCACUCUGGCUUUUGCCAGUGCCAUGGCUGCCCAGACAGCUGGAGGUGUUGCUAGUAGUCACAACAGACUGCUGGACACUCACACACAGGCCGUACUGGAAGGUGAUGCAGCAGAAGCACCUGGUGUGCUCGAUGGACAGUUGGCAAAUUCUCAGAGAAAAAGUAUUGCUGAAAUCAUUGCCCAAAACAGACAGGAGAUUCAAAGAGUUACGGAAAUUAAAAACAAAUUACUGCGUAGCAAGAAGAAAAGUUCUUCAAAGUCAAGACUGUUUGUGACAUCUACAAGUUCAGACACAGAUUCGGAACAAGAAAGUGCUGGUGUGAAACCAAGGCAGACUGUGUCAUAUGAUAGCUCAGCAGACUCGGUUAUUAAAAUACCAAAUAAUUCUGUGAAAUGUCACCUAAAAAGACUAAGAGACCUCCGAAAUGAAGCACUUGAAACAGAUUGUGGUAGCAGUGAUGCAGGUGCAAGUACCAGUAAAAAGCAAAUGGUGAAUGAAGACGCAUCACCUUCAGUAAUUCCAGGCUGUUCAAACAGUUGCAGAGAUAUCAAUGGAUCAAGACUUGGCCCAUAUAUAAAUGAACUAGAUUUGAACCACAAUCCUCCUUGCAGUGAAAGUAAUUCUGUUGAUACCAAAAGUACUGUUGUUGGAAUACCCAGUAAAGUAGGAAGCUGUGAUUCAAACACACCUGUUUCAAAUAGUGACCAAAUGAAUGCAAACAGUGGCCAAAUGAAUGCAAACAAUGUGUUCAUUGAAGCACAGACUAGAGUGUCUAAUAACGAUAUCUCAUCAUCAACACUUGGUGCAGAUCCUUCAACCAGUAACAGUGAUAACACCAGGACAAGUGAAUCAUGUAGCUACAAGAAAACCAGUAAACCUAAAAACAAUACCAGCAACAAUGACAGUAAGCAGCCAGUGUGGUCGGAGUUCAAACGCUUUAAAAACAAGGUAGAGAGAGCGAGACGGUAUUACCGCAAACACACUUCCAGUGAUGAUGAUACACAGUAGUUUACUCACCUUAAUAAACUGGGUACAUGUAACCCAAACUAGAGCUGCAAUAAUUCACUUACAUAUUUGGUGAAUUGAAUACCAGCUGUCUGCGAUAUGUAUUCAUUAUUUGGAACAAAAAAAAACUUCAUUUUUUUUUAUAACGUAAUAAUAAUAAAUUAUAGGGAUCACACUUAAUUGAUUCAGGCAAAAUAGUCCCGUCCACCCCUCCACUAAAUUUUACUUUGUAUAAAUGGAAGCAUUAAAUUGUGCUUCUGGAGCAGUAAUAUGGUCAUCAAAAGAACAAACUGCAACCAUGUGUUUUUCAGAUAAUUGAAGUUUUGCAGCAGGCAAACAGAUCAUUAGCAUAAAGUAGAAAACAAGUUAACAGUUGGCGAAUGCAGACUAUAUCCAGAUUCUCAAAUGUAUUGUUCAUGACAUUACAAGGCUCUUUUAUUUUCAUGGAAAAUUAUCUGAUUGUACCAAAAAUAUUAUUAUUAGUGCAUAGUAAUUGAAAAGCAGGAAAAAACCCUGAAUUGAUAUGCAUAAAAUGUUACAUUAAUUCACAUGAAAUGUAUGUGUUGUGUAGUGUUCAUAUAUCAUAAACGUUUUUGCACCCUGUAAAUUUAAUUUUACUAUUAAUUUAGAAACUUACAUGCAGUUAAAACUUGGUUAAAGGGAGAAUCGGGUCAAAUAUGAGUCAUACAUGUUGAGAAGAUGUAUACCUGGACAAACCCCAAAAUCAUGAUUAUUCCGGCUAACUGGGGAGCAGCCACAUUUUUAAGAUGUUUAAUUUAUUACCUCUGCAUUUCUGGCUGAUGAUGUGGGGAAAUAACAUGGUAAGAAUAUUGUAUGAUAUCAUUUCUGUUUGGUGUUAACAGUUUGAGAAAACGAUAAUUGGAAGUGUGAGGGGUACUGGUAUUAAACAUGUCAUUGUGAAAUAUACCAUUGAGAGAAUGCAGUAACAUUUUAAACAUAUUUAAUUUAUUAAACUCCCUAUGGAGUCUCAUUAAGGUUUUUAAAUUAUUCAUAUUCAUGAAUUAUUAUUUGUAUUCCAGACACUAUAUUUAUAUUUUUAUCAUAUUUGAACACUUAGUGCAUUUGUUGCAGCUCUAAUUCAUACUAGCUCUAAUUCAUACUGUUAAGUUUGAUUGAUGUGGAUCAUUCAAUACUUAAAGUAAAAUGGUCAUUUAUUUAACAUCUCAUAGUUGACCUUUUCACAAUUGAUCACAGAUUGUAAUAUUUAAUUGAAUAAGUUUAUGAAAUGGCAAUAAAUAUUAAAAAUUCA